UGAAGGAGCAGCAGUAAAGACCAGCAGUAGCUACCUGUAGCCAUGACCACCACAGAGAACGUGUCCACGGAGCGCAAAGCGAAUCCAGUGAAGUCCUUCCUGACGGGCGGAUUCGGUGGGAUCUGCAAUGUGCUCUCUGGCCAUCCGCUGGACACCAUCAAGGUGCGCCUGCAGACCAUGCCGCGUCCAGCGCCGGGUGAGCAGCCCCUGUACCGCGGCACCUUCGACUGUGCGGCCAAGACGAUCAAGAAUGAGGGCGUCCGCGGUCUGUACAAGGGCAUGUCCGCACCGUUGACGGGCGUUGCUCCGAUCUUUGCGAUGUGCUUCGCCGGCUACGCGCUGGGCAAGCGGCUGCAGCAGCGCGGCGAGGACGCCAAGCUGACCUACCCGCAAAUCUUCGUGGCCGGCUCCUUCUCCGGGCUGUUCUCCACCCUGAUAAUGGCGCCCGGCGAGCGCAUCAAGGUGCUCCUGCAGACGCAGCAGGGUCAGGGUGGCGAGCGCAAGUACAACGGCAUGAUCGACUGCGCCGGCAAGCUCUACAAGGAGGGUGGACUUCGCAGCGUCUUCAAGGGCAGCUGCGCCACAAUGCUCAGGGAUCUGCCCGCCAACGGCCUGUACUUCCUGGUCUACGAGGCGCUGCAGGAUGUGGCCAAAUCGAAGUCAGAGACGGGCCAAAUCAGCACUGCCUCAACGAUUUUCGCAGGUGGAGUGGCGGGCAUGGCCUACUGGAUUCUGGGCAUGCCAGCCGAUGUGUUGAAGAGCCGCCUACAAUCGGCUCCCGAAGGCACCUACAAGCACGGCAUUCGCAGUGUCUUCAAGGAUCUGAUUGUCAAGGAUGGACCUCUGGCCUUGUACCGCGGCGUGACGCCCAUCAUGCUCCGAGCCUUCCCCGCCAACGCUGCCUGCUUCUUCGGUAUUGAGCUGGCUAACAAAUUCUUUAACCUCGUAGCGCCAAAUUUCUAGUUUGUCUAAUAAAGAAAGUGCCUCGCUAAAA